AUGGCUGAGACAUCGAAGAAGCUAGCAAAAGUAGAACAUUUCCAACUCAUACUCUACAAGCGCAUACUCAGGAAAGAAUAUUUUGGUACUUUUAGAUUACAUUAUGGUUUACCGAGCGAAAUGCGCGCUAUAGGAGAUCAGUAUGUCAAGGAUGAGUUCCGAAGACACAAAAAUAUUUCGCAGGAUCAGGCUCUAAUAUUUUUAAAGGGAUGGACGGUUUUGUAUUUCACUCAGGAUUACUGCACUACUCUGUCGAAGCAAUUAUCUUGCAAGAAUAUUUCGAGCGGUACAAUAGGAGCGAAAUUGGAUCCUACAUUACUGGACUGCUUACAGCAUGACCAACUUUUGCAGCUUUACAGAUUGAAGGUGGAAACGCAGAAAUUCAACAAAAACUCUUGA